GGUCCCCGUUUGAAAGAGAGAUAUUGUGUUUGCCACCUUGCAACUGGUGACUUGCUUCGGGCAGAGGUAUCCUCUGGUUCAGAGAUUGGCAAGAAGAUCAAGGAGGUCAUUGAUGCAGGGAAACUGGUGAGUGAUGAGCUGGUGGUGGGGAUGAUAGCGCAAAAUCUCAACAAACCGGAAUGUAAGAAUGGCUUCAUCCUUGAUGGAUUUCCUCGCACUGUUGGUCAGGCAGAGAAGCUUGAUGACAUGUUGGAGGAGAGGAAGCAGAAGCUGGACUCUGUCAUUGAGUUCUCAAUUGAUGAUAGCCUGCUGGUACGCCGCAUCACAGGCCGUCUCUUUCACAAGCCCUCUGGCCGCUCGUACCAUGAAGAGUUCUACCCCCCAAAGGUCCCAAUGACUGAUGAUAUCACCGGAGAACCACUGAUCCGGAGGUCAGACGAUAACCCAGAAACACUGAUUAAGCGACUGGAAGCCUACCACAAGCAGACUUCACCACUUGUUGAUUAUUAUGCCAGAAAGGGCAUCCAUACAGCGAUAGAUGCAUCACGACCCGCCAAUGAGGUUUUCAGGACUAUUACCACUAUCUUUGAAAAUGCUAAGAAAUUUGCUGCAAGUCUAGGAGGGCAGUCCUAAUUCAAGUCACUGUAAAGUAGCGGGUGUUCCUUACAUUUUCUAAGACAACCAGCAGAUCCAACUGCCAUUAAUUAAAAAAAAUGAAAAUAAAAAGAAA